CUCUGACAUAAAUAAAUAGCAACAAAAACAUUUUCAUUUCAUCGGAAGUCUCUACUAAGAAUGAGACAAUAGUUUGUUAUGCUGCAAAGUCACGCCAUUUCCUAUUCCAACAUCAACAUUUGGAAAGAGUAGUUUGUUGUUAAGAACUAUGACAUUAGGGCCUCUCAAAGUGUUCCCUUCAAGAACAAAAUUGUCCUUUUUCCGUCCAUCAGUCCGUGGCCACACUGCCAAAGAUGAGACAUCAUUAAGUGCCCUAUUAAUGAUAUACUUUGCACGCACAUGUAUCAUAACGACUACAGGCGUCGCUAUAUAAGUUCAAAAUCGUGAACCACCCCAUUUUACCUCACCUCAUCUCGUAAUUCUGACCUCUUUUCUUUAACGCUUCAUUCUUGCAAUAUGAAUGAAGUCUUUAUAUAUUCGUGUAUGGACCAGAAAAUCUAGUGAUUGGCAUAAUGACCAGAGAUCCACACAAUAACACUAUUAAAUGCAAUCAACGAAGUCAUUGAGCGUUAUCACCGAUCCAUUUCGCCACCGAUUGCUCGUGAUCCAUGUUCCUACCCGGAAUCCCCAGCGCUUUACCAUGUCUAAAGGCAUACUUUUGUAAUGCUGUGUCCAGAAAAAUGACUUGAUGCUGGGUGCUAUUUUCUUAUAGGGUAGAUACAACCAUGGCUCAUGAACAAUGGCGCAGUCAACUGGACUACCUCAUCACCCUUCUGGGAUUCGCCGUCGGGUCUGGAGCAUUUGUCAAGUUCCCUUUCUACUGCAUGCGCAAUGGAGGAGGAGCGUUCCUGAUACUGUUCAUGUUCUUCACAAUAAUCGAAACCAUUCCCUGUGUGUUUCUGGAGAUGAUCAUCGGGCAGUUCUCUCAGAGUGGACCUAUUGAAGUCUGGAAUAUGUCUCCUGCAUUCAAAGGUAUAGGCGUUGGCGGUGUUGUUGUUACGUGGAUAUACGUUAGCUACUGCAACGUCAACUUCACAUGGUACAUGUACUACUUCUACUACUCGUUCUCUUCCAACCUGCCCUGGGACCACUGCGACAACGCAUGGAACACCCCGGCAUGCAACAAGAACACUUCAGCUUUGUCCAUGGUUACAACGUCUAAUUCAACGGAUGCUGGAUACUCCUUUAAUGGAACAGCCCAAGGAAUGACAGCUGCCGAAGAAUUCUGGAAAUUCCAGAUGCUUGGACAAAGUGAUGGCCUGGACAAUCUUGGAGGUCUCAGAUGGCAUCUUGUUGGAUGCCUGGUCGGCACCACUGUGCUCUUAUUUCUUUGGACACUGCAAGGAAUAAAAGUAUCCGGAAAGCUUGUCUACAUCACCGUGGGUGUCCCCAACAUCCUCAUCUUGGUCUUCCUCAUCCAGGGCUGUCUACUUCCGGGGUCAGCGGAAGGAAUAUACUACUACAUCUAUCCCAAGUUUGACAAGCUUACAGACCCUGAAGUGUGGAUUCAGUCGUGUAGUUACGCCCUGUCUUCCAUGGGUAUAGCUAUGGGGUGCAUCGUCACUAUGUCUGGACACAACAGAAUGGAUAACAACUGCUUCAGGGAUUCGAUUAUAAUUAGCCUGUGCGAUUCUCUCUCCACCUGUUUCUACGGCUUUGCAUUCUUUGCUAACGUUGGUCACGUGGCCUUCCAACGCGGAGUAGCUGUGGAUACGUUUGAAUCUUCUGGUACCGUGUGUGGAAAUAGUCAUCGCUGCCUUGGAGGAUAUGUUUCCCCAACUGAUGAAGCGAUACUGGCUCACCAUCGGUGCUGUGCUCCUCGGUCUCUUCCUGUUUGGUCUAAUAUAUACGUCACAGGGUGGGAUAUUCGUGGUGACGCUGGUUGACUGGUACACCUUCUUCCCAUCAACGGCCGUGUUUGGCAUCCUUGAGUGCAUCGUUGUGGGCUGGUGCUAUGGAACCAAGAGGCUUCAAGAGGACGCUCUUACGAUGUGGGGAAAGACGGUACCUCGGGCUAUGGUCAUAAGUUUCAAGUUUGUGUGCCCC